UUCCUCGCUAGUGCAACAUCGACUAACGUUCGACUGGUGUUGUACUACUGAUUUCUCAAGCUUAUCUCGCCGAGCAAGCUGUUUAUACGGUAUACCCGCAUCCAUGCACAUCCGGGCGGGCCGAUUCUGCUGUAUCACAACCCGGGACGGACAAAAUCAUUCAAGUGACCUUCCUGCCUGACCGAUCUGUUGUGACAGUUGUGUAAUAUUAUACAGUACAAAAUUUUGAGACGAAGGGCACGAACCAUAUCUCCCAGGUUGUUCUUCCACAGUAACAUCCCCACCAAAAGCUUUUCAUCGUUGAUAUCGACGAAACCUCUUAGGAAAAAUAAUGGAUACCAUGAACGCUGUCCGCUAUGAGGCCCCGCGGCAAUUCAGCAUGCAAACUGUACCAAUUCCUACGAUAAAUGAUGACGAGCUCUUGAUAAAAGUCUCAUGCUGUGGUAUAUGCGGAACCGACGGACAUGUGCACGAGGGAGAAUUCAUCGCGAAGUUUCCUCUGAUCCCUGGUCACGAAGUAAUUGGGACAGUUGCCAAAGUCGGCAGCAAUGUCACGGGGUUCGUUGAAGGUGACCGGUGCGUUGCCGACCCAGGGGUCACAUGCGAGUCAUGUUUCUAUUGUAGACGGGGGCAGUCUCUGCUAUGUGAGAACUUCAACGGUAAAGGAGUUACGAUGGCAGGAGGAUUCGCUGAAUACGUCGUAUUCGAGGCUAAGAAGACUUACAAGAUCGAGAACCUCACCGAUGAAGAAGCAACACUUGUCGAGCCUGCUGCUUGCGCGAUUCACGGGAUGGAUAAGCUCAACGCACCUGUAGGCAUCGAUGCGUUGGUGAUUGGUGCUGGCCCUACCGGGCUGAUUCUCGCACAACUGCUCAAACUGAACGGCGCUGCAAAAGUUGUUAUUGCUGCGAACAAGGGCAUUAAGACUCAGAUUGCACAGGAUCUAGGAGCUGGUGACGCGUAUGUUGAGCUUGAUAGAGAAAAUCCUGCACCUCAGUGGGAACAACUAAGCAGGGACCAUCCGUAUGGAUUUGAUGUGGUCGUUGAGGCCACUGGCAAUGAGGCGGUCGCGAAUGACUCCAUCAACUACGUCCGGCGGGGUGGUACGCUCAUGAUCUACGGCGUCUACUCUGAUAGCGCUCGUGUCCACUGGCCCCCUUCCAAGAUAUUUGGGGAUGAAAUCAAGAUCAUUGGCUCAUUUGCUCAGACUCAUUGUUUCCCUCGAGCCAUAGCGUACCUUGACAGUGGUAAAGUGAAAGUAAAGGGCAUGGUCACUGACGUGUUCAAGAUCAGCGAAUAUCAGCAGGCACUCGAUAAAAUGAACAGCAGAACUGCCUUGAAGAUUGCACUGAAACCGUAAUGCCAAGUUGUGUCCAGGCUCCUUCCCACCAUUGCUGGGGAGAUAAGGAGGGAUCUGGGAGUACAAGAAUAGCAUUAAUAGAAACCGCCGACUUCGUGCAACUUCAAAAUCAGAUCAAGUUUGUCCCCUCCAGUGUGAGCCACCGGUGGAGUGUGAAGGUUCUGUAGCAACAUGUGCAGUAACUGCAUCAGGAACGUUUUUCUAACUUAAAAGUUGUAUCCACUCGUC